AUGGAGGCCCUGCUACGAGUGCUCGACGCCGCGGUGGAGGACAGCGAGGCGGUGACCGACCACCUUUCGGCGCUCUCAGCCUCGGAGGUAGAGGAGCUGGUCCGAGCUCUUCCGCUUGUUCAACACCACGAGGCGGCCAUCAACGUAGUGCACAACCUCCUUCAACAACGGAAGUCACGGCAUGCGUCUGCACGUGUGAUCAUCGAGAUAAUCCUCUCCCGAAAGCUUCCGCCUAGAUGGGUCACCGAGGUUUGCAUGGGGUACAUGUCGUUCACCGACACUGUGCCAACACUCGACAAGGACGUCGCCGACACGAUCGACAGCAUAUUGCGAUUACUCCGCGCGUACUUAGAUGCUCCAGAUUCCUCUCAACACGACGACUGGCUUGCCUUUCAGUCCGUCCUCGACGCCCUGCCCGCUCUGGUGCCGUUGUCGUCGUCCGCCGCCUUUCCCAUCAUGCUGGAUGAGAUAUUGGCCCUGCCGUGGACUUUUGCGUCGUUUAGCACGUUGCUUUCGUUCUGCAAAUCCAAUGCCAUGCACAUGACAGGUUCCCACCACCACCGCCUAUAUGCGCUAUGUCAAGCAUUCGUACCUCUGUUUCGCCACCAAACAAAGUAUACGUUUUGGCAUGCCCUUUUACUCGCGUGCUUUGACUUGGCAGCCGUCAGCGGCGCCACCGCCUCCAUCAAUCAUCUUCCCAAGGUGGACGCCAUCAUGUGGAUAGACCUCGCGCGGACUUCGCUUUCGAUCGUGCCAACCCCGUUAAAUCGGGAAAUGGACUAUUUCUUUCAAACGGUGUUUCAGCAUACUCCGACGUACAUGAUGACGUGGCUGCACGCUGUCCAAGCAUCGACUUCGACGCCGCCAUCAUGGGACUUGGCGCUGUGCGUCCAUGCGCUGCAUGCAUCCCAGCCGUUGGUGGUAGUCACAGCUGGAGACUCUAUAUACCACCAGCUUGGCCGCUGUCUUUGUCGAUUGCUGGUUCAGCUGGAAAGUGAACAAGGAAGCGAGAUUUCGUCUGCGAUACAGGGGCUAGUCGUACAUGGAGGCCACUGGAAGGGUCGCGUGUUGCUGGACUUGGCGCGACUGAUGCUGGGGGGUACUAGUACCACUCACAGCCAUGUGUGGACAGCAGUGAUCGUGACAUUAUUUCAACAGGUGGCGGAACUUCGGCCAGACAUUGUGGGCUUUUUCGGGUUUGGGUUUGAAUCCUCCCUUGAGGUCAUGCAGAACGUCGCAGAAGCAGCACUUGCCCAUGUAGUCGCCACGCACCACCGGCUGUUACAGCCCCAUUUGCACGACCUGCAAGACCGAUUAUGCCAGCUGUGCCAGUCCAACGUAGCCCAAGGCUCGCGACUGCUCGAAACGUGUGAACCAUUAAUAGCGUCGACGCCGUCGUACUUCUAUUUCGUGAUCGUAUUCCUGCGCAAAUCGCUCGUGUCGCCUUCUCCAGACUUGGCCAUAACCCACUUGUGUCAUCUGCUCAAGUCGCCCGCCACCUCCGCCGUCCAGCGCGAGGACUUGGCUUCGUGCCUCAACGAUGCGCUGUAUCUGUCGGCGUGCCGCCACUUGGCGCUGUGCCACGUCCAGUUGGUGCCCGAUGUGACACCGUUUGACCUAGGGGUGCGACACUGUUUGUCCACGCUCAUGGAACUCGACAGCUCGAGUCUGCUGCUGCACAUGGAUCAGCUGGACGGGCACAGUGGUGGUGUCCUUCGGCACUGCCUCGCGCUGCUGCCUCGCCUAUCCAGUGCGACCCAAGAGUUUGGACGAACCCUAACCACUCAUUUGAAGUCGGUGGUUUCACGCUCGCACUGUCGGGCGUUUCUAGAAGCCGUGCCAGACCGCGCGGUAGCCGCCGCGUACUAUGCGAGCUUGGCCGGCAUCGCCGGCAUGCAGCCCCUUCGUUGCCGCCUCUUGACAAGCCUCCCUUUACCCCCCCCCACCUCCUCUACCCCAACUGCCUGCAACCUACUCCACGACCUUCCGACCGCAGAUCUCUUGGACGGACUUCAACCUGACACUUGCUGUGUACAUUGGUCGAUGUACCUGCCUUCACCACCUCCGACUCGCAACCCUCUCACCAGCUGA